CAUGUUGGAUGUACGCAUCGCUUCUGCAGCUGCUGGAGUUUCCGAAUGAAAGUUGAGCGUUUAUUCGUCUACAGUCACACAACGGGUCCUUAAUCCGUUUAAUUCGCACCAAACGGAGGAGUUGAGGUUCUUUCUUGAGCGGCACCAAGUCUGGGAAAACCCUCCCCGUCCUCCUCCUCCGCCCUCCAGCCCGGAGUCGGACUCAGCGGAGAUGAUCCGGUUGCAGGCCACAGCAACCGGAGCCUGCAUGGAUUUUCUGUAAUCGGUAGAGUUUGCUGAGCCCGUCCGGGGAUAACCGCAUUGUUUCGGGGUUAACUUGAAGAAUUCGGAGCCAUGAACAGCCACCCGCCGCCCCGCAGGGUUGCUAACGUCGGCUCCCUCCUCCUGACCCCGCAGGAGAACGAGUGCCUAUUCGGCUACCUGGGAAGGAAAUGCGCCACUCUGUGUUCGGCGGUGGUCCAGGUGUACGUGGCCGAGCGGAGCGCCAGCUGGGCGAAGAGAUGCUGUGGAGUGGCCUGUCUGGUCAAAGACAACCCACAGAGGUCCUACUUCAUCAGAGUGUUUGACAUCAAGGAAGGGAAAACCAUGUUUGAACAGGAACUGUACCACAACUUCUCCAUCGGCAGCUCCAGAUCCUAUUUCAUCUCGUUUGCAGGAGACACCUGUCAGAUUGGUCUGAAUUUUGCUAGUGAAGAAGAGGCCAAAAGAUUCAGAGUCGCCAUCAAUGACCUGCUCAACCGACGGCAACGCAAAACCGAGAAAAGAGGUGACCCUAAAAAUGGCCCAGCUCUGCCAAUGGCCACAGUGGACAUCAAGAACCCGGAGAUAAACAACAUCAGAUUCCACAACUCCCACAGCCACCAGCAGCCGUACCACCUCAACAAUAUGUUGAGCCACAGCGGCCUGACCCGCAAGGACAAGAAGACCAAAGGCAAGAAGAAGAAGCUGACAAAGGCUGACAUCGGCACACCCAGCAACUUCCAGCACAUCGGUCACGUGGGCUGGGAUCCAAACACAGGUUUUGAUCUGAACAACCUGGACCCUGAACUGAAGAACCUGUUCGACAUGUGCGGCAUCUCCGAGGCUCAGCUGAAGGACCGGGAGACGUCCAAGGUCAUCUACGACUUCAUCGAGAAGAAGGGCGGCGUGGAGGCCGUCAAGAACGAGCUGAGGAGGCAGGCACCCCCUCCACCUCCUUCUCGUGGCGGACCCCCUCCUCCUCCUCCUCCGCCCCACCACGGUUCGGCUCCACCUCCUCCUCCAUCCAGAGGGGGCCGGGGAGCCCCUCCCCCCCCUCCUCCGUCCAGAGCACCCGCCUCAGCUCCCCCUCCCCCACCCCCCUCCAGACCAGGAACUCUGGGUGCCCCACCGCCCCCACCGCCUCCCACCAGAGGAAGUCACCAGCCCCCUCCUCCUCCCCACCAUCACCAUCACCACCACCAGCCUCCACCUCCUCCUCCGCCGUCCUCCGCGCACUCCUCCCUCGCCCCCCAAGCCCCACCCCCUCCGCCUCCCCCACUAGCACAGCAGUCUCCAGUUGGCAGCGGUGGCGGCUCGGCCCCUGCUCCGCCUCCGCCCCCUCCUCCUCCACCUCCCCCGCCCGGCCCUCCUCCCCCUCCAGAGCUGGACGGUGUGGGUGGGGGCGGAGAUUCGCCUCAUUCGCCAGGCCCGGGCGGGAAGUCGGCGCUGCUGGAGCAAAUCAGAGGAGGAACCCAGCUGAAGAAGGUGGAGCAGAACCACCGAGCGCCGGCCUCCAGCACCGGACGAGACGCCCUGCUGGACCAGAUCCGACAGGGGAUCCAGCUCAAGACCGUGCCGGAUCAUCCGGAGUCCGGCCCUCCGACGCCGGCUCCUGCUGCGGGCAUCGUCGGCGCUCUCAUGGAAGUGAUGCAGAAGAGGAGCAAAGCCAUCCAUUCCUCAGACGAAGACGAGGAUGACGAGGAAGAUGAGGACUUUGAGGACGACGACGAGUGGGACGACUAGCGAUGACUCCCCUGUCCUCAACCCCGGUCCCCCCCCGCGCACCUGUCGCUGACACUAAAAUAUCCUCUAACAAUCUUCCAGAAUCUGACUAAAAUUGUAAUGUAAAUGUUGUAUGAAUUUGCUGUAUAUUUAUUUUUGCCUUUUUUUUUUUUUUUUGCUUUUU